CAGACUUUAACCAGUCUUCACUACCGGAAACGUCUCUUAAAUAGCGAAACAACAAACGUUUGCACAUUUUUGCUGUUCUAAAAUAAAAACAACUCAAUUAAAUAGUUUUACCAGAUAAGGCGAAAUAUAGAGAACAUAUAAGAACAAUGUCGAACAUUGCACUAACGCGGAUUCAACGAGAAUUUAAAGAAGUUAUAAAGAGUGACGAAGUCAAAAAUUGCCAAAUAAAAUUAGAGCCGUUUGAAGAUAAUUUCACCCAUUUGAAAGGGGAAAUCAUUGGUCCUCCAGAUACACCUUAUCAGGGUGGAAAAUAUACCCUAGAUAUAGUCAUCCCAGAAACCUAUCCAUUCAAUCCACCAAAAGUAAAAUUUUUAACAAAAAUUUGGCAUCCUAACAUUAGUUCGCAAACUGGAGCUAUUUGUUUGGAUAUAUUGAAGGAUCAGUGGGCAGCUGCUAUGACUUUGCGAACUGUAUUAUUGUCAUUACAAGCAUUAAUGUCGGCAGCUGAACCAGAUGACCCUCAAGAUGCUGUAGUAGCAACUCAAUUUAAACAACACCCCGAGAUUUUUAGGUCUACAGCAUCUUUUUGGGCAUACGUUUAUGCAGAAGCUCCACGUAAUGAAAAAAUGAAGGAAUAUGAAGAAAAGCUUAAACAACUUCAAGAAAUGGGUUUUCAUGAGAAAAAUUCUAGAAUAACAGCACUCUCAUCGAAAAACUGGGAUUUACAAGCGGCCAUGGAGUUUUUACUUCCAUAA